AUGGAUACCGGCAAUGAUAGUCCCAACUACUUGUUUGACGACAGUAAGAGGCCCGCACUACCCUACGUCGCCGGCGCCUCCUUCGAGAUCAAACGACACAAACCGCUCGCACCCUUCGACAGCGGCAUCUGCUACGCAUAUCCCACUCAAUUCAGCCUCAUGCAUCAACUCGAGGUAGUGCGGCAGAUCAGGGUGCGCGAUGGUGCCUACGCACAAGUCGUGCAGUGCCGUAUAGAUGGUAUCCGGGGCCCGCUAGUGGCUAAGAUCUUCGACCCUCUCUAUAGGUGGGAGGACGUGGAGUUAGACGAGCCUUGGUCACCCGUUGGGCUCGCCGAGUCUGAGUGGUCCUGUGAGGCUGCCGCCUAUACAAGAAUCCACGACCGCGGGUUGGACGGAAGGCACACGCCGCGCUUCGAGGGUUGUUGGUCUUUCGAAAUACCCUACGAGCUGGAGCUGGCCCGCAACAGUUCUGCCGGUCAAACAAGCGUCGUCACUGCCACCACUACCACCGCCAUCGAUGACGGCCCUCACUCGAAUGAUGACAGAGGAAUACGACAACAACAGCUGUCGAAACGGCCCGAGUGCCGCACUUUCAAGACGACUCGCAAUGUGCGCCUGCUGUUAAUGGAGUACAUCCCGGGCGACAGCAUCCUUCAGCUGCUCCGGACGGGUUCUUAUCAGGACAUACCGCCACACAUCCGCAUGGACCUGCUGGGACGCAUCGCCGAGGCCCAAAAUGCGCUAUGGCAUAUACGCAAAGGGCAGAAACGGCGAGGCCUAGACAGUCAGAAGUGGCUUGUCGCGCUUGUCGACUUCGGGAGAUCCGUGGUUCUGGACCUGCCCAACGCAACGAGUAACCUCAAAGGCCGCCUCCCACCCGCCCUGCCACUGCCACCGAACCCGAUGACCAGGUGCCGCGGGUCAUGGCCCGUCUAUCCCCUCUGUUUGGACCCCGACUGCGAUGGCGACGCGCCAAGGGAGGACAAUUGGGUUCAUGACGAUUAUCAAAGCUUCAAAGCGAGGCGCGAGUGGAUGGAGGCGAGAUGGGAUAUUAAUGGCUGGAAAGCUUGGAAGGGGGGGGGGGGGCUCUUUCGGUCAUUGCUGCUUUUGUAA